UGUCGGCAGUGUGUUAUCGAGGAUAGACCAUGCAGCUGGAAUUCUUUACAUCAAUAAAUUUAACUUUUUCUUUCACAAUCUGUGCAUUUUUACGAGAAGUGUUCAGCAAUCUGACUAGCAGCAAAGAGGAACGCCAUCUGAAAAAUAAAUAAAAUAAACAAGGGGAGUGAAGGACUAGAAGCAACUGAAUGGUUUCCUCUCUUGCAGCUGUACUGUGAAAUUGUAAAAUAGUUGAGGAUUAAUGGUCAGCCACCUGCCACAUGGGCGCAUAUACUUCUUUGAUAUAAAACAGUUAAUAUGUAUCUUUACUAGGAGAAGAAACAUUCUUUCAGAAAAACUUUGACACUUUUCAUCAUUGAGAAGUGAUUCGUGGAAGGUAGAUGUGGAAACUUGCUGACGACCUGUUUUCACAAACAAGGAAGGACAACCAAUGUUUCUGCUUUUGUUCCUCUGCAAAUUGACUUUUCACGGAAAGUAGCGAAUAUUUCUGAAUCGUACUGUCUGGAACAAAGCUUUUGACGAGAGCUUUGCAGGACUCACAGAAAGCCUGUGGAUACAUUUAUGUAACAGAAAGCAACGACAAAAAAGAUGAUGCGUGUUCUUUUUGUGGCAGUUUCCUUGCUGUUACAGAGCUGCCAGGUUGAGACCGAUGGCCGCUUUUUUCUUGGCUUUCUUGAGUAUCUCAAUUCUGAUAACCGCAAUUUCUCUGGAGAGUGCUGUGACGGUGCUGAAGACAGUUCAGGGAUGUGUCAGGAUCCAUGUGACCUGCUCUUCCAAGCAUCCGUGACUGGGUUGAAUGGACUCAACACAAUCACUCGCCGGCUGUCUGAUCGACCUUUCAACUCCAGUAGCCACCCAAACACAACCUUCCAAUUCCUGAGUCAGGGUUUGACCAAUCCGCUCGUCUUUACUUUCGACGAGUGGCCGAUGUGCGUACAAGUCACCAUAGAGAUCGACGACGUGGACAUGAUCUACACAGACGGUCGCCCAAACAAAAUGGAGCUCGUGGACACCAUGAGCCUGCUGGUGACGUCACAGGCACCUUCCGCCAUGUACAUGUAUACACCGGAAACACUGAUCGGGAGUCGGCGCGGGCAUCCUUUCAGAUUGAAAGUGGCUUACCGCUUUGACUGGGAUGAGCAUGCAGACGACAUUAUCCUCGAGGAUUCUGCUCACAUCACGAAAACCAACACCCUGCUGUGUCCUGGAGCUACGACCAGUCUCGCGACUAGCUCAUCAAGCAUUAGCAUCAUUGACAGCUCCCUCAGACCAGCAACAUCGUCCUCUGUUGCAAGAUCUUCUACCCUGUCCUUACCGCCUUCGUCACCCACAGAUAUUAAAAUUCAACCCACAACGACACUUCAUCAAACUGCCGAACUCUCUACAUCCUCUAUACUGGAAACAUCCUUCGUUUUGCAGAUGAUAAUAUCAGAGUCCUCUGUGAUGACAGAACGCAGUGCUGUAACAAGUGGGUGGACAGAACUUAUCGUUGAAACGGAUUUUACUUCAGAGACCUCGACGAAGGCAACACAAAACUCGGCUAGCGACUCUCCUAUCCACCCAACACAAAGCCUGAAAGUCGACUCCAGCACCGAACCUUCUCAUUUUUCCAUGUCCUCUAUCCUAUUCACAGAAAUGUCGCCUACGCCGACGAGAGAUAUGUCUUCAAACAUUUUAGCUGCGACCUCGACAUCAACAGAAUUUAAAGAGACAUCGUCGUUUCCGUCAUACACGGAGGUUCCAGAUGAAAAUGGGAACAAGAGCAGUCCAGUCGUCAUGACGGAAUCACCAGAUGAGCCUAUGAAAUAUUGGGAGUUGAUACUCGGUUGUGUACUAGGAGGCAUGGCUCUCAUCUCCCUCCUUGGCUUCCUUUUCUACCUGCGAAAGCAAAGAGCAAUGUUGAAGCGGCAGGAAAUUUAUACAGUGACCCCUCGACUUGUCAGCGUUGUGGAAGAAAACGGAACAGCUGGGAGAAGUGACAUUCCAGUUGAGACAGCAGAAUAUUAAGAUUACUUUGUUACAUAGCAUAUUCAUUUUGAGACAACAGAAUAUUAAGAACAUGUUGUUUUGUUAAAUAUUCAUGUUGGGACAGCAGAAUAUUAGAAAUGUGUUACUUUACCUAUUGAUAUCAUCAUCAUCAUCAUCAUCAAUUGUCAAUCAUCAUUUUAUUAUUAUUAUAAGAAAUAAUAUGCUGUAAUAAUAACUGUAGUAGUAGCUGCAGCCUCAACUGAGAGGGCUGAUGAGCUGUAUCUAGUCAAGAGCUGACCAGUUUUGUUUAGUUAUUAGUCAUUAGAUAUCACCGCAUCUUGAAAAUGUCUAUGACAGUGUAUCAAUUCACUAGUACUCAUUGUACAUUACACGCUUCAUUUCAAUUUUAAGCAAAACGAUUGCCCAUCCCUGACCUAGACUCCUCGUCAGAUAAAUUUAUUUGACAUUUGAGAUGAGAUAAAAGCGUUGUCACAACAUUUGUAAAAUGUGAUUUCUGUUUUACCUGAGCUGCUUGUCGGGUGUGGGUAUAUCUAGUCGAUUUGUCAAAUAGUCAUUUUUCAAAUAAACUUUUGGGCAUUUUAAUCACAACAAAAUGCUGAAAACAUAAUUUUAUGUUUGAAGACUUGUAAACUUUUGUGGAUUCAGUCACUGCCAUUAUCUUUAUACUUUUUACAAAAAAAAUGCCAUUUUGAUGAAAUGAUUUAUCUCUGAUGACUAUGAACUGACUACACUUCUUUGGAACAGGAGGUUCAAUUUCGUUCUUGUUAAUCAUGCACUGCCCCACAUCACAUGUAUAUUAAUAUGCCAAAUAAAUACUAAUU